AUCUCUCCUCCACAGACCCCCGAAACAUUUUUCUUUCUUCAUUUGCUCUUUCCUUCUUCAGGAGAAGCAGGAAGAGUUCCAUUUACGACGUCGUUUUCUCGUUCCAUCAAAAUAGCUCCGGUUUGCUGGAAAUCGUCUAACCGGAACAUAGAUGAACCGAAUCAGUAUUUGAGUUCUGUAGAAACGAACUUAACGGAGAAAAAUUUAAGCUGAAUUUCUAAAGUUCAGAUUCACAACUUCGAACUGUUCCUUUUUUUGUUCGUCUGGCGAGAUCUUAAUCAAGGAAGCUAUGGCGUCGUCUCCGUUGACUGCGAAUGUUCAGGGUGAUGACAAUAGAGUUGAAGAAGCUGCAGAGAUACAACUCAAUGACCAAGUUUUUGACUAUGCACCCAAGGUACGGAAACCAUACACCAUAACAAAAGAAAGAGAGAGAUGGACAGAUGAAGAGCACAACAAGUUUGUUGAAGCUUUGAAACUCUAUGGGCGAGCAUGGAGAAAAAUCGAAGAGCAUGUGGGCACAAAGACUGCUGUUCAGAUCCGAAGCCAUGCUCAGAAGUUUUUCUCUAAGGUUGCUCGAGAAUCAUCUGGAGGUAAUGUGAGCUCGUUGGAGCCGAUUGUGAUACCGCCUCCUCGUCCCAAGAGGAGACCAAUGCAUCCUUACCCACGUAAGUUGGGGAACGAGGGAGACCAAACAAGUAGAUCUGUUUCUCCCUCAAAACGAGACAACAGAUCUCCGACCUCUGUGCUGUCAACUGUUGGAUCAGAAGCCUUUGGUUCCUCUGACUCACAUUCACCAAAUCGAAGCUUGUCCCCUGUCUCCUCUGCAUCACCUCCUGCUGCUCUUGUAACUACUGCAAACGCACCUGAAGAGCUUGAGACUCUGAAGCUGGAGUUGUUUCCAACAGAGAGACUCUUAAACAAGGAACCGACGAAGCAAAGCCUUAAACUCUUCGGCAAGACAGUUUUGGUACCUGAUCCAGGCAUGUCCUCUUCUCUAACAACUUACUGCAAGUCACCGAUUCAGCCAUUACCAAGGAAACUCUCCAGAUUAGAAACAUUCCCCGUGGUAAUAAACCCACAGGAAGAACUCUUGAGCUGUUGGAUACAAGUCCCUCCUAAGCAAGAAGAAUGCUUAGACUCAGAAAAGGGCGUCCAAAAUGAAGGAUCAUCGACUGGGUCAAACACUGGUUCGGUGGAUGAUACAGGACACACGGAGAAGAGCUCAGAACCCGAAACAAUGGUAUGCCAAAGGGAGUUUAAACCUAGCGAGAGGUCUGCAUUUUCUGAGCUCAGAAGAAGAAACUCUGAGUCUAAUUCAAGAGGAUUUGGUCCGUACAAGAAGAGAAAAAUGGUUAUAGAAGCAGAAGAAGAACAAGAGAUUCGCCUCUACUUAUAAGUAGAGCAUUUUUCUCAGGUACCCAAGUGUUAAGGUUCAAUAUUAGUUCAACUUCUUAAUGUUCAUCAAAGUGUUACUUUUUUCAAAGUUUUCUUCGAGCUGUUUGUUGUUUAGGCUAAAGUUUAUGCAUAAUUUGUAACUGUAAUACACACUUGUACAAUUUGUUUUUAAUUUAACCAGUGAC